AUGAGUGCUUUGCUAGCUUUGUCGGCGUCUCAUCUCGCAUGGCAGACGAACAAUAGGGAUACAGACAACCUGGCACAAUACCACCGAGGAGUGGCUUUAAAAGGACUCCAUGAAGCGAUCGGGCGGUUCUCCCGAGACAAUUCUGAGCCAAUUCUGGCAGCCUCUAUCAUGUUGUCGUGGCAAUCAACCGAAUGGCGAGGCUGGGCGUCGUUACAGCAAGGCAUCUCCACCGUCUUGAGCGCAAUGAGACCGUGGCUGCGCGAGUCUGUACUGGCAGGAUAUAUUGAAGAACAACGCGCAGGCGCAAGAUCUCGGCGGCCGGCGAACACGACGCUAUCGCCUUCAGAAGGCGUCAUCCCACAUGAGGACCGGCGCCGACUGGAGCAGGUCAUGACGGCUGUUCACAAGUUGCGCCUCCGGCUACCCAAGAGUGGGGAGCUGGUGGAACAUGCCGGACAUCUUUCUGACCACCUGCAGGACCUGCAACAGAAUUUGCACUUGCAAGCAUCCGCAGAGGCUUUCGCACGGCUGCAACCAUUGAGGCAUCUUGUUUUCUGGCUGCCGACACAUAUCCUCCGGUCAGCCGAGUCUGAUCUGGCCCCUCUGGCUCUGCUGUCACAUCUAUACGCAAGUGCCCUCGCAACCGAGCCUCUAUUCCCAGAGGUCGGCGGGACAUAUCUGGGGAGCUUGGCUGUGGCCCCCCUCGAGAACAUCCAUGAAACUCUGAGAGCGAGAAGACUCACGCAGCCACACGAUACAGGCGUUCAGGUGGCUCUGUCUCUGAUGGAUGUACCACUCCAAAUCAUGGUCUCGUACCGGCUAAGACAGUGGCCAAACAACGACAGUGAUCCAGCUGUCGGCCUGUAUCGUUACUCGCCGCAAGGAAGUCCCUUCAUAGCGCCGCUCGUACUGCUCCCAUCUUCCACCAGCGACUCUCCCACCCCAUCGCUCUGCACCAAUUCGCUGCUCCAUGGGCCCAGUAGUGGGCUCUCGAUUCCAAGCUCGACCUAUUUCCAAGCAGCUCUUGGGCCGAGUGGACUACGACGACAAUCAUCCUUUCCUUCCAUCGGACGCGCGCAUUCGUGGAGCGAGACGAGGCUAGACUCCGGCAGUCCGCAGGCCAUGGGCAUGAUGUACGGAUCUACAGCAUUGCAACAGCCGCGAAGUAGUCACGAGCUGUCAGGCUCGAAAACGGACUACUUCGGAGAGAUUGCAGCACCGUACAACGCAUACGGCCGUGUAGACACGAAUGUUCGGUUCGUCACCCCUUGA